UCCUCCAUCCCAGCCAAGCCAAACUUAUCGGUACUAGCAAAGAGAGAAAAAAAAAAAAAUGAGGUUGUUGUGGGCACUAGCCUUGUGCUGCGUUAUCUCCCUGGUGGGAGAGUCGGCGGCCCAAGACAUUGGUUCUCUUAUCAACAAAGACCUCUUCGAGAAGAUGUUGAAGCAUCGCAAUGAUGGCAAUUGCCAGGGCAAAGGGUUCUACACUUACGAGGCUUUCAUAGCUGCGGCCAAGUCUUUCGGAGCUUUUGGAACCACUGGAGAUGUCAACACCCGCAAAAGAGAGAUUGCCGCUUUUCUUGCUCAGACUUCCCACGAAACUACCGGUGGGUGGCCGACUGCACCAGAUGGCCCAUAUGCAUGGGGGUACUGUUUUCUUAAAGAACAAGGCAAUCCCCCUGACUACUGUGUUCAAAGUCAACAGUGGCCUUGUGCUCCUGGCAAGAAGUACUUUGGACGAGGCCCUAUCCAAAUCUCAUACAACUUCAAUUAUGGUCCAGCCGGGAAGGCCAUAGGGUCGGACCUGUUGCAUAACCCAGACCUCGUUGCAACCGACGCAACCAUAUCCUUCAAGACAGCCUUCUGGUUCUGGAUGACUCCACAGUCACCGAAGCCUUCAUGCCAUGACGUCAUUACCGGCAAAUGGAGGCCCUCUCCGGCGGAUACAGCAGCCGGCAGGGUGCCUGGCUAUGGGGUGAUCACCAACAUCAUCAAUGGCGGAAUCGAAUGCGGGAAAGGCGCUAAUGCGCGGGCUGAAGACCGGAUUGGAUUCUACAAGAGAUACUGUGACAUUUUGGGCGUGAGCUAUGGCAACAAUCUCGACUGCAACAACCAGAAGCCUUUUGCUUAGGCUUAAUUAGCCCCCUCAGUUGCUGCUGAUACCGCUUUGCUGGGCCAAUGAUUAAAUAAAAAUGGCUUCCAACGCCAUGUUAAUUACUACUAAACAAGGGCAUCAAUAAGUGACUGUGAUUCUUCAUAUCACAGGAAUCUAGUGUGUACGCGAUGUACUUGCAUGCAUCAUAUAUGAAUAAAAAUAUUCAGUAUUUGCGACAUGUUCA